AUGAAAAAAAUGAAGAAGACUCGAUCUGGAAUCCGAGUAAAGUCAUCAGAAAGGCGAAAAUCGGCUUCUAAAGGGGGAAGAGGAGUACGAGGGAGCUCACAAGAUCAAGAAGAAGAAGUGAAAAAAAAAUUGGCAUUCAAAGUUCUCUCAGAAGACCAAACUCUUGCUUUGAAAGAGUUGACAAAAAAAAAACUAGAAGCAAAAAAAACAGAAAUUCUAAACAUCAAUAACUUUCAUAUUUCACUCCCAGAAGCUUCUGUUUAAAAAAAUUAUGUAGCUGGAUUUUGGUUUACAAAAGAACAAAAUUUUAACUGUCAACAGUAAAAAAAUUUUUUCACAGUUCUUAGAAUGUUAAUAGAGAAUAUUAAAGAUAAACAAAUGACGCUUGCUGAAAAUUUUAAUGCAUAAAAAAAGUUACUUGCUGGAAUUGGUGUUGACAAUUSUUCAUUGAGUGGUGGUCUUGAGUGAAAAAAAGUGAACCAAGCAAAAACAAUUACAGAUUACUUUACUGAAAAGUUGUUUCAACAUUACAAGUUGUAUGAGUAUUUAUUUGCUAAAGAAACAGAAGAAAAAAAAAUAACGACAGAGCUUAAGAUAGAGAUUGCUCAAAAAAACGACAUACCUUUCCCACCACCAUUAGAUGAAGGGAUGACAGAGGAGGUCUGGAAAGAAUAUAUCAUGACACCUCCUUCUUCGCCGCAACCAGACGCAGGCGAUGAGGCAAUGGAGAAAGACGAAUCUGCAGGGCAACAGCAAGCAACAGUAGAAGACAAAAAAGACCAAAAAAAGUCUAUUGAUCYGCAUGUUAUUAAAACUAUUGUCAGAAAGACUGCUGAUGAUGUGUUUGGAAAUUUCAAGGUUGAAGUUGAAGCAAAAUUGAAAGAGAGAGAAAACAAAAAAAAAUGUAUAAAAAAACCCAGUCGUUUGCCAACCAAUGUAUUCAACAGGAAGCAAUCAGAGACAUUGUUUUAUCUCCUUGGUCCUGAUGGAGUGAGGGAGUGUUUGGAUGUUCUGUAUGUCAUUUCACAAACUCAUGCUGAUAUUCAGUUCUGUCCACUCCUCCCCUCUAUAACUGCACUCUUUCUGCAUUUAAAAAAAAAAGAACAAGCAUAUUGUUGUAUAUCUGAAAUGCUGAACUCCAAGAAGUCAUACAAAAAAAUAGGCCAGGCMUCAAUUGCUGUUUCUGCAAAGACAUUUCAAGAUUGUUUGAAAACAUUUAUGAAAAAAUCUUACAAGCAUUUCAAGGUGAUCACUGCUGCAUCAAAGGAUACCACUAAAAAAAGCAAAGUAGCAGUAUUCUUUCCUCUCUGGGUUUCAUUGGUUUUUUCACAUCUGGAAAAAAAGACUCUAGUCUAUAUUGUUGAUAAUUUCAUCCUUCAAGGACCUAAAGUACUUGUUCGUGUUGGUCUAGUUUUGUUCAAUCAUUUUGAUAAAUGGUUGGUGAAGAAUGAAGUUGUAACUUUAAAGGAUUUUGACGAGAAGUUUGCUCAGUUCAUUUCUGAGCUACCUUUAAAAGGAUACAAGCUAAUGGAGGCAGCUUUCAAAAUCCGUGGUUUGUCCAGAAAAAAACURGCUUCUUAAAAAAAUCAAAAUGUGGUGUUGUUGAGAGAAGGAGUUCUUGAUGUACCAUUUUUUCUCGAAAAAAAAAAGAUACCAACACUUUAUAGAAUACAAGGGACUGACAUUCUCAAUGAUGAACAGUGGGAAGUGCUUUCAUCCUGGCUGCCUGAAAAACUCCAGAUAAAAAAAACAUAUUGUUUAUUUUCCACGCAGAAUGAUGGUUUCAGCAUUAAGACAUUGUACAAUAAGUGUGAAAAACAAGCAGAGUCAAUUCUUUUAGAAAAAAAGUCAACAGGAGAGAUUGUUAAAAAAAUUUGUACUGCUCCAUGGGAAGAAAGACARGAAGGACCAAAGACUCUUUCAUACUAA